UGCCUUGCCGUUGCCGCUCACUCCAUUAAUUACUACUACUACUACUACUACUACUACUCCUCUUCUUCACAUCACACAAUAUUCUCAUCCUUUUCAUCUCUUUAUUUCCUUCCCCCACACAAUAAAUUAAAAAAAAAGAAAAGAAAGGAAAAGAAAAGAAAAGUAGUAUUGUUAUUAAUUUAUUGCUAUUAUUAUUAUUCCUAAUCCCUAAUCCCUAAUCCCCAAUGGGGAAGAAAGGAGGAGGCAGUUGGUUCUUUGCUGUGAGGAAGGCCUUCAAACCUUCUCCACCUCCCACCCUAAUUCCUCCUCAAUCUGCUAAGAAAUGUGAAGAAGAUGGUCCUGAAGUUGUGUCAUUUAAGCAUUUUUCAGCAGUCAAAAGCUCUUCUGAGAGCACCAAUUCUACACCGUUAACAAAUACUGAUAGAUCCAACCAUGCCGUUGAGGUUGCUGCCGCCACUGCUGCAGCAGCCGAGGCUGCAGUGGUAGCAGCUCAAGCUGCAGCAAAGGUUGUUCGUUUGGCUGGAUAUAGCUCCUUAUACUCCAAGGAAGAAAGAGCUGCAACUAUUAUUCAAUCUUGGUAUAGAGGUCACUUGGCUCGAUGUGCCUUGCGUGCAUUAAAAGGUUUGGUAAGGCUACAAGCAUUGGUACGAGGCUACAACGUACGCAAACAAGCACAAAUGACAAUGCGAUGCAUGCAAGCUUUAGUUCGUGUCCAAACUCGAGUCCGAGCACGGAGGCUUCAACUGACACACGACAAGUUUCAAAGAAAAGUCGAGGAGUUGGAAGAAGAAGAAGAUCGAGAAGAACAAUUGAAACAGAAAUAUGAAAAAUUGAUGGUUUCCCAAAGAAGAAGUGAAAUGGUAACACAAAAUAGAGAGAGAAAUAGAAAACAUUCUUCAAAGAGAAACGAACCGGGUCAGUUUUAUGAAGGCGGAAACCGGCGUACAACACAAUGGGGUUGGAGUUCGCUGGACCGCUGGAUGCCAUCUCAACCUUCCCAUGCUCACGACGACAUGUCGGAGAAGACCGUGGAAAUGAACUUGGACUCGGGCCAAGGCCGGGGCCAGGGCCAGGGCCAUGUUCCGAGCUAUAUGGCCCAAACUAAAUCGGCAAAGGCCAAGGCCCGGAAUUCGAGUGCAGUUAAACAACUGAGCCCACUAUUAAGCCCAUCAACGAGGAAAAGUUGGGCUCCAGAGUCAUCGAGUUCGACUGUUAACCAGGCCCAAUAUGGCCCAAUAAUCAAAAGUAAUGGGAGAAAUACCCAAUUACAUGGUAGUUGUAUUACAUGCCGCGGCCCAGAUUACUAUGGUGGUGAAGAGUGGACCUUCCCUCUUGGAGCCCAUGGUUGGAGUUGAAUUGGUAAAAGUAGGCCCAUUAAUAGGCCUAUUCAUAUUUGUUUGCUCAAUGUUUUUAUUUAUUUGGAGUGAUUUCAUAAAAAUGUAACAUAAAAAUAUAACACAGUGUUUUCUUGCACAUCCUUACAUGUUUGAGGUUGAUAACAUAUUAAUUAACUAUCAUCCUAAAAUUACAUAAAUCUGUAUCGCAUCUCUGUAAUAGCUAAACUCAAAUUAAUGAUUUUUAUGAUGUGUAUGAAAUAAAUUAUUGUAUAAUCAUC